CGAAGUCUAUGCUCCCUCUGCACCUCCUCGGUGGGUGCCUGGGUUCACAGCAAGCACUUUGCUAGAGUCUGAAGUCAGGUGAGUAGGUUGGGGCGUCUGGGAGGACCCAGGGUGGUGGGUAAUUCACUUAUCCACCUCUAUCAGCUGCCCUCAUGGCCUUGGCUUCCACCUGCGUGGCUCCUUGCAGUGUCCUCCCUAGCCUGGGGGUGGAGGUUGCCGGGCGCUCCCAUCGCUCCCGCCCCGGGCACUCCUCAGCUGUGGCAGAGGCGCGUAGCGGGCGACCUCGUGGGAGGGCACCGACAGGCAGCGGGCACUCCAGUCCCAGAGACGCAGGUGGUUCUCAGUUCACGCCAAGCAGACCGGAGAGGCGGCCAGGUUUCCAACGUCUCUGUCGGGCCCUACAGGAACAGCGGCAGCGAUUGCAAGGACGGCCACGACCCGCACCCACACCCUCGGCCAGCAAGAUGUUGCAGGUGUUCCCGGAGAGGAAGCCCAACCCGCUGCGGGACGCGAACCUCUGCUCACGCCUGGUAUUCUGGUGGAUAAAUCCCUUGUUUAAAAUUGGUUACAAACGGAGAUUAGAAGAAGAUGACAUGUACUCAGUGCUUCCGGGAGAUCGCUCCCAGUACCUUGGACAAGAGCUGCAAAGGUACUGGGAUCAAGAAGUUUUGAGAGCCAAUGAAGACACACGGGAGCCUUCUUUAAUGAAAGCAAUCAUAAAGUGUUACUGGAAAUCCUAUAUGCCUUUUGCGAUUUUUACGCUUUUUGAGCUGCUGUAG